AUGGGCGGCGCGCGGGCCUGGGCGCUGCUCUGCCUCGGGCUCCUGCUGCUGCUCCCCGCGGAUGGCGCGGCGUGGAGCGUCGGGGGCGCCCCGCUCUCGGCACGCAGGAACUGGUGCUCGUACGUGGUGACGCGUACCGUCUCGUGCCACUUGCAGAAUGGCACGUAUCUUCAGCGAGUGCUGCGGAGCUGCCCCUGGCCCAUGAGCUGCCCGGUGAGUAGCUACAGAACCGUGGUGAGGCCCACAUAUAAAGUGAUGUACAAGACAGUGACGGCCCGUGAAUGGAGGUGCUGCCCUGGAUACUCAGGGGUGACCUGCGAGGAAGGAUCCUCUGGCUUCGUCGAGCCUCUGUGGUCAGGCAACACCAUGCGACGGAUGGCCCUUCAGCCCACAGUCUUCUCAGGUUGUCCCAACUGCAGCAGAGUGUCGGAGCUGGCCGAGAGGCUGAAGGCGCUGGAAGCCAAGGUGGCUGUGCUGAGUGUCACAGAGCAGACAGUGCCCUCCACCCCGGCUAUCCCCGAGGACCCUGCCCCACUCUGGGGCUCUCCAGCUGCCCAGGGCAGCCCUGGAGAUGGAAAUCAACAAGGGUUACCAGGAGCCGAUGAGAGCGUGAGGGCCCCCCCGUUGCUCCCCCUAGAGGAUAGAGUCGGUACUUGGAGCCUGCCCGGGCCCACUGGGCCCAAGGAAGAUGCUGGCAGCUGGGGCCGAGUGGGGAUGAGAGGCCCACCAGGUCCACAGGGCCCUCCAGGGAGCCCUGGCCAGGCUGGAGCUGCAGGCACUCCUGGAGAGAUGGGUCCUCCAGGCCCUCCGGGGCCUCCUGGUCCCCCAGGCCCUCCAGCCCCUGUUGGACCACCCCGUGCCCAGAUCUCCCAGCAUGGGGACUCAUUACUGUCCAACACCUUCACUGAGACCAGCAGCCACUGGCCCCAAGGACCCACCAGACGCCCUGGGCCUCCAGGUCCCCCAGGGCCCAUGGGUCCCCCUGGGCCUCCUGGCCCCACAGGUGUCCCUGGGAGUCCUGGACGCAUGGGACCUCCAGGCCCUACUGGACCCAAAGGAAUCCCUGGCCACCCGGGAGAGAAGGGAGAAAGAGGACUGCCUGGGGAAUCAGGUCCCCAAGGUCUCAUGGGACAGCAGGGAAAGCCUGGCCCCAAGGGAGAUCCUGGUGAGAAGACCCAAUGGGCUCCUAGCUUACAGAGCUUCCUGCAGCAGCAGGCCCAGCUGGAGCUCCUGGCCAGACGGGUCACCCUGCUAGAAGCCAUCAUCUGGCCAGGCAAACGCCUUAACCACUAAGCCACUAAGUGAGAUCUCCAGCCCCGGAAAUACUCACUUUAUCACCAAAGAAACACAGACUCAGAAGGCUCACAUGACUCCCUUGGGGCCACAGGAAUCGCCAGGGCUCCAUUCUAGAAGGUUCAUCAGCAAAGGUUUGCUGACACUUCCGCCUGGCCAGGUACUGACUGAGGCCCAGGGGAGACCCAGGGCCACAGAUUUGAUUAUACCAUGACCAACUCAUUAUGACUAGACCUACAGGAGACCCGGGUUGAAGCCACAACACACAAGCAGCUGUAAUGAUCUGCCAUUUACCAUGAAAACCAUCUCCCUGCUCCUGGUCACAUUAAACACAGCUGUCACAGGGGGUGUGACAGCAGUGACAACGGAAAUAUUAUCUCCAUCCUCCAGAUGAGGCUCAAAAAAAAAAUCUAUGGCCUUGUCCAAGGCCACAUAACUGGGACAUGGUGGGGCCUAGCAGGUGCUGGAGAGCUGGGGCCCUGUGUUACCUUCCUCCCAUGCUCCCUGACAUAGAGCAGGGGACACCCGACUGUGGCUGCAUGUACCUCUUGUAAGGUUAGGGAGUGACCAAGACCACGGAGACCACUCAGGCAGAGAAGGAAACUUAUUCAAAAACACGAGCUGUCAGGACUGACUCUCAAGGGCAGAGCAGUCGACUUUGAGAUUACCUACAGUGCUUAUAUAGAGCUCCUCAAGUGGGGGGAAGGCGAGGAAGAGGAGGAACUCUUGUUCUUUGCAUUAGCCAUAGGGUGUGAGACCGGAACAGUGGCCAGACCUGAGAGAUAAGGGGGCAGGAAACCUAGACCUAGGGCAUGGUUAGGCAAGAAAGGGCCUCAGUGGUUCCUUGAGGAAUGUGGAUGACCCACUUCCUUGUGUCUCUGUUGCUCUCCUGCUGUCCUCGGUGACUCCAUUUUGUCCUGACCUAACACGUGUCUGCUCCACAGGCCUGAUGUACAUGGGCACUAGCAGUCAGGGUGGCAAAAGUACAACCACUCCCUGUAACUGCCCCCAGUGGGAAGCUGGUGUGCCACAUGUCUGUCCUCAGAACAAGGUGGCGUCACCAGGUCCCCAUCCUGAAGCUCUCAUCUCACUAUAA